AUGUCGUCGACGGAAUCGGCGUCGCUCUCAUUCCGUGACGUCGUCUUUCUCCCUGCCGAUGCCGCGCCGCCCUAUUCCCAAGACGAGCCCGACAGCCCGCACUCCGACUCCCCACACAGCAAUCAACGCGACGCGGACGUCUUAAAUGAUCAACGAGGCGCGGACAUCAAACAGCAACGCUGGGGCUUCUUAAACGAUCGGCGCGCAGAACUCAAUGGUUCAAGCGUAGACUCCCGCGCCGCCGCUAUCGACAACUUGGCGCUGCAGCCGUCCGAAAGCAACGGCGCCUCGUUAGAACCACCAGCCAUGCGCCUGCCUUCUUUUUCCUUCGCCACCGCGCCACCAGUAGAAGCGCCGAGGAAACCAAACCCGCCUCACCAUGAGCGCGGCCCCGAGUCGGGGACCCCGAUAAUUGCCGCUACAGAUGCCAUAAACGAGAGUAGUGGUACUAGUCCACUUGACUCAUCCGAUUGCGUAUUGGUGCGCCUUGACGGUCCCGAUCUGACCUUUCCUCUGCACACGACGCCGUCCGGCGCGCAACGAAAGCUCUCGCGAAUGCUGGCGAAAAAGCGCAGCGACGGCUGCGAAGUCCGCGAAGUGGCCAGUUAUUGCACCUCCCCGUCGCCCGACUCGAGCACAGUUGUCGCGGCCGACGCGAGUCGCGCCGCCAUCCUGCCGCCAACGUACCUGGACCUCGCGUCGCCCCGCUGGAGAGUCGGCUUCAGCGGAAGCCGCAAUGUGCUGGGUCUCGCUGGGUGGCGCCGUGCCGCGGAUCUGCAGGUCAGCUCCCCCGCCGGGAGCUCCGCUCAACGAGCCGCCGCCGCCGCCUCCGCCACCGCUGUCGCCGCCGCCGCCUCCGCCACCGCUGUCGCCGCCGCCGCUGCCGCAACAGCGGCGAUAAAUUCCAGUCUCGGUUUCGGAUUGGGGGGGUGCGCGAGUCAACCGCUCGUGGCGAAGGAGGAGGACGAGGGGGAGGAUGAAGAACCGCCUCUUGAAGAGGCGCGUGAGACGAAGGGGGAGAUGAUGAAUAGGGCGCUGCCCCGGGGGGGGCGUGCGGAUUCCGCAAGCCCGCGUUCUCCGCGCGAGUUCACCCGGCAGCACGCGCACAAGUUUCCGCCACUGGUUGCGCUGAAGGAUGCGCAAGCGCUGGUGGAGCGGAUGAUGGGGGACGCGGAGGGCGGAACGGGGGGAAGCAACGGGGGCAGGACGGAUGGAAAGGGAAAGUUCGAAGGACCGUGGGAAAUCGUGACGGACGGGUGCAGCGGGCGUGCUUCCUCCCUUUCCUCUCGUCCAGCUGUCAUUAGAGUAGUGGACCACCUGCCUGACGUGGCAUGUGCUGACGUGGCAGUGGAGGGGAAGCCGUGGGAGCAGGCUGAGCUGUCAAUGAAGGAAUGGACGGCAACAGUUUCCAUGCUGAUGGCAGCGCUGCAAAAUGACGACGUUGCUGCUUCUUCUGCUGGUGCUGGUGCAGUCACAGCUGCUACUCCUGUUGGUGCUGCAGCUGGUGGUGCAGAGGAGGAAGGGAAAGCUGAGAUGAAGGGCAUGGGAGAUGCGGAGGAGCCAUCUGUUGUUGCGUCACCAACGCCCCGCAUCCCACCCCUCUCCGUCAAGCUCCCCCUCGACUCAUUUUCGCGCCGUAGGCCGCGCAAAGCCACGUCACCUUCUCAGCAUGCCUCGUCACCAUCACAACAUGCCUCGUCACCCUCACAGCAUGCCACGUCACCUUCAGAUGAGGCCUGCACCCGACCAAACCCCCUGAAUGUAGAUCCAAGCCCCUGCACUGGGUCAGAUGCACCUCCUGCUGCUGCUUCUGCUGCUGCUGCUUCAGCUGCUGCUGCACCUGAGGGCAUGGAAUGUGGGUUGCAAGACUCGUUCUAUUCGUGCCGCUCCUCCCUCUCCUUCUCAUUCGCGUCUGACAGCUUCAACAGCAGCAUUCGCAGCAGCAGCAUCAGUAGCAGCAGCAGCAGCAACAAUGGUAAUAGCACGACAGCAGCAGAUGUCACAACAACCAGCACCGCACCACCCACGAGAGCAGCAGCAGCAGCAAUCUCCCUCGCCUCCAUCUUGGCUCAUCUCCUCUCCAAUGCCCGCUCUCUUGCCGACCCUUCUUCGCCGCCGGGCAGCUUGCGCAAGUCUCUGCUGCUCGCUGAAAUGUUUGUUGCUGCCCGCCGGUCUGCCCCUGUGUUCGAAGCCUACCUGGCAGACAAGCCAGGGGGACACGUGGUGGCGUCUGAUUGGGCGACGCAGCUCCCAAGGCACCUGGCGGAGGGCGUGCUGGGGGCGUUUGAGUGGGUGGCCGUGGGGCUGGAGAGGGCGGCAGCAGCAGCAGCAGCAGCCGUGCCAACACGCACGAAGAUCUCCACCAGGCAACAGCUUGCCUCUCUCCUCCUCUCACCGCGCCACCACAAGGUUGCUCCGCUUGCCUCCCCCCGGAGGGCGUCCCCUCCGCUGCUCUCCCCCCGCAAGUCGUCCCCGCCUCCCACCUCUCCUCCACGUGCCGGCGCACCCGUGGGCGGGCAGGGGGACACAAAGCCGCUGCCCAUGGUGGUGCCGCUGCCCAUGGUGGUGCGCGUGGUGGGGCACGUGGGGGAGUAUGCUGACUGGGACACUCCUGCUCCGUUCAUCCCUCCACCCGGCCCUAAUGUGCCCACAGCUUCGGUCCGAACCUACAGAGGAGCCUUGGCAAGCAUCUUCAGGGAGUUUGGAGGAGGGGGAAGAGUGGGCGAGCAGGGUGUGACUAUAACGGGAGUGACUGAACGGAUACUGGGGGCGCUUAUGGGGGUUGUGGAGGGGAAGGCGGUUGCAUGUGAGGAUGACGUCACCAGGGCACUGUUCAUGCUCAACAACACAUGCGUCAUCCAGCAAGCGUGCCAGCGCUUCCCAUCAAUCAGCCCUGUCUCGGCAUCGGUGGAGGACCACUCACAGGCCUUCCUGCUCGCAGCUACCAGGAGGCUGCUGCAGGUGCUACCGUCUCCCGAAAAGAGCCUGAAGUUGAGCCAACGACAUGUGGAGGAGAGGCUUUCUGAAUUCAACAAGGAGUUUGAGUCGCUCUCGCUGCAGCAGCUCUCCUGGCCAAUAGUGGACGACGACUGUCGAGUGGCAAUGCGCAAGAGAUGGGCCGCUCAUAUUGAAUCCGUCUACAGCGAUUUUGUCGACCCUCACUUGUAA